AUGGCCAGGUCCUACCAGAUGAGCAGCCAGCGGCUCAAGCUGAAUGCUGUUGGACACGUGCUGUUGGCCUUUCUCGGUGUCAUUGGGCUACUCAGCCUGUUUUCUAAUCACCACAGAAUUGCAGCCCCGGGGGCAACUCAGCGUCCCCCAACAAUAGGCAAGGUGACAAUGAUAUACGGGAACCACUCGAUAUACGAGAGAACCUUGGAGACACACAAGGAGCACAGUCGGCGACUGGGCUACCCCCUUACAGUUCUGCGAAAUCCAAUCCUGCACGGCAUUUGGAACAAACUCGCCAUUCUUCAGUCAGUCGUGCUCCGGGAACUGGAAAAGCCGGCCGAUCAGCGAUUGCAGUGGCUCUUUUGGUUCGACAGCGACACGGUGCUGAUGAAUCCUAACAUGCCGCUGGAGACAUUUCUUCCCCCGCCGGAAUUGCCCAACGUGCACCUGCUGACGAGCAGGGGCUGGAAUGGGCUGCACGGCGGGGUGUUUUUCCUUCGCGUUCAUCCGUGGUCCGUGGAAUUGCUUUCUGCCGCCAUCGCCUACCCGGUCGUGAAGCCUAACGUCCAGCUUAUGGUGGCUGGAGCAGUCUGCCAUCAACAAUGUCUUGGCCGAGAACGAGUACUUUGCUCGAUCGACCGUGUACUGCCCGCUCCGGUGGUUCAAUGCCUACAUGAGAACAUCCGAACGGGGUAG